CAGAGCAUCAUUUCAGCACCAAGGAUAGUUCUCAGAGUCUUUUGAAAUCAGCUUCCUCGGACAGUUAUGUUUAGGUAGUUCUUGAAGGACAAGAGUUUAAAGCGACUGAAACAUCAAUACCUCAUUCAUUGCGUUCCCAAACUAAUCGAUUUACUUGUCUUUAAACUUGUAUCUGUGGUAUUUCAUGUCACCGCAGCCUUCAGCCUCGUCUGCACUGGCUAUUUUAUAUUUGAAAGGCAACGGACAUCAGUGGCUGUGGAUCUCGGGAGUUUUUUGUUUUGCUGAAGUGGAUCUCGAUGUGUCUGUGAGAGACUACACAUGUGCCAUUACGCUCUAUUUAAAUACUAGUGCGACUCUAGUAAGCGCAAUGCUGAGGUGGGCGCGUGUUUACCGCGUGUUUUUGCGUUUUGUCUCAUUUGUCUUUUUCACGGGGAUUUGCAUUAUUUGAGACCGAAAUUGAUUUGAAAACUUCUCUUGGUCAAGUUCACGAACGGAAUACUGCUUCUUUGGACAAUUCAUUGAUCUUGCCAGACACGUCAACGGCUUUUAAACUCGGUUAUAUUUCGAUUCAAAUGCCAGUAUUAGGCGGUUUUCUAUCUUUUGAAAAUGUGACGAAAACAAAUGGACAUCUCCAAUUUCGUUGCUUCGCACAAGUUUUAAUCAACCGGAAUGGUAUUUACGGAAAAUCAAUCUUUCUACAGUGGGAAUCCCAAACGUUGCCAUCACUCAACUGUAAUUUCGUAAAUUCUGAAUCACUAAAUGCAUAGAUAUGUCACUGCUGUACAUCUUUUUCAAAAUCACCCUGUGUUGGAUUUAUGUCGAUGCUCAAGUGGAUGCGGACGGAAGCCUCACGGCCCAGGAGCAGAUGUACCUGCUCUAUGACGUCAAACUCCAGUGUCAGCACAACAUCUCUGCACACAACCCCACUGAUGAUGUCUGUCCUCCCAGCUGGGACGGGCUCAUCUGUUGGCCCCAAGGCUUCCCAGGUCUGGUCACUAAGAUCCCCUGCCCCAGCUAUGUGUACGACUUCAACCAUAAUGGAUUCGCCUACAGGAAAUGUGAUAACAAUGGCUCCUGGCUCUUCGUGGAGGCCUUGAAUAGGACUUGGUCCAACUACUCUGACUGCUUGAGAUUUCUCCAGCCUGGCAACGAACGGGGGAAAAGGGACUUCUUCGAUCGGCUGUAUGUGAUGUACACUGUGGGCUACGCUGUGUCCUUCACCUCCCUGCUCAUCGCUAUCUUCAUUAUUGCCUACUUCAGGCGUCUGCACUGUACUAGGAACUACAUCCACAUGCACCUGUUUGUGUCGUUCAUGCUGCGGGCCGUCAUCAUCUUCAUUAAGGACCGCGUGGUGCAUGCCAACGGGGGGCUGCCUGAGUUCGACACAGCCCUCAUGGACAACCUCAAGACCAUCUCCAUGGUACCCCUGGACAAGUCACAGUAUACUGGGUGUAAGAUCACGGUCCUGCUCUUCAUCUACUUCCUCACGACCAACUACUACUGGAUCCUGGUGGAAGGCCUCUACCUGCACUGCCUCAUCUUCAUGGCCUUCAUCUCCGACUCCAAGUACCUGUGGGGGUUCACCCUCAUUGGAUGGGGUGUGCCCGCUGUCUUCGUGUCCGCAUGGGCAGUUGUCAGGGCAACGCUGGCAGAUGCUCGAUGCUGGGAGCUAAGCGCAGGGAAUGUCAAAUGGAUCUACCAGGUUCCUAUUCUUACUGCCAUCGGACUCAACUUCAUGCUGUUUGUCAACAUUGUGCGCGUCUUGGCAACGAAGAUCCGCGAGACCAACGCCGGCCGCUACGACACCCGAAAGCAGUACAGGAAGCUGGCCAAGUCAACACUGGUGUUGGUGCUGGUGUUCGGCGUACACUACAUUGUGUUCGUUGGGAUGCCUCAUACAGGAAAAGGGGUCGGAUGGGAGGUCAGGAUGUACUUCGAGCUGUUCUUCAACUCAUUUCAGGGCUUCUUUGUGUCCAUAAUCUACUGCUACUGUAAUGGCGAGGUCCAAACAGAAAUUCGCAAGAUGUGGACCCGUUGGAACCUGGCCUUCGACUGGAAGGACCCCGUGGUGUGUGCAAACUACCGCUACGGCUCAGUGCUGACCAGCCUGAACAACAGCACAGGCAGCCAGUCGCAGCUGCCGUCGGUGUCGCGCAGCACAGCGCUCUUCUCCAGCCGCGUAUACCUGAGCACGAGUGGCACCUGUGUGCUGGGCACCCACGCCACGCUGCCCGGGUACGUCUUCAGCAGCUCGGACAUCGAGAGCCUGCCGCCAUCCAUCCCCGAGGAGCCCGAGGACAGCACCAAGCAGGUGGACGACAUCUCGCUGAAGGAGUCCUCGCCUGCCUCCUCCGCGGCCGCUGUCGUAGCCACCAGCGUUACCGGGGCCAACACAGCCGCGGUCUACCCGACCCGGGCCGAGGUCGUCGAGGAGUCUCUGUAGCCACAGGAGUGUAGCGAGAGAAGGAGUGGCCAUCAUGAGGACAUUUUCCAUGCGUAUAAUAUGAAAAAGCCAAACUGCCCAGCGUAUGGUCCGGCUCCCUGUCUAGCACCUCUGGUGUGCCUGGAAACAUUCAACUUCAGACUGAAAUUGAAACAACUAUAUCAGGAGACGUUUCUCUGUCUCUCACUCUCUCACACACAAACCCAAGCAAACAAGUGCACACACACACACACACACACACACACACACACACACACUUUUACCUAAGCCUGGCAUCGUCAGGGCGUCGAAAUGCAGCACAAAAACAAAACAAAACAAAAACGGCUGAAGUGCAUUACUGAUUGUAGAUACUGUAUACAGAAAAGCGUGAUUGUGUGGAUUCUGAUGCUUUGCCUUGUCAUGUAGAUAUCCAUAUCCAUGACUUUGUGGAAGUUUCAAUGAGGGCUACUGCGUUUUCUCCUCUCUGUGACCGGUUGCAUCGUGAUCCAAGCAUGUGUCAUAUUUUUGACGCCACACUGCACUGUAACAUGUCGACGGCCGUGUGGUCUGUGUGUGUGCUAUCCAAAGUCAUGGCCAUCGUCAUCACCUUCUGUCUGUGUAAAUGGGUUAUUGUGUGUUUAUUUAAUAUUUUAUAUGUGUAUAUGUUUAUUUUAUAUGUUUGUUUAUUUAAUAUUGUGCACAGAUGUCACUCGACACAGGGAUUAGUCUUUAAAUUAUGUUUUCAAAUGUUUUUGCUCAAGAAACAUUUCACUGCCAAAAUAAAUAUUGUAUAGCCGUGUUCUUUUUUGUAUUUUGAGUGCAUAUGUUUGCAUAUGUUUGUACAAAAUAAAUGACUGUUUGACUAACUUAAUUGGUACAAAAUAAAUGACUGUUUGACUAACUUAAUUGGUAAGAAUUUCUAUGCAAAUUGCAAAAACGAACUUCCAUUAAUGUCAUAUCCUGAUAAUUUCACAACCACAAAAGGAGACAGGAAAAAAACAACCACCACAGCUUGCACCGACUUAUAUACUGACAGCAAACUUAUAAAAGCAAACCUUUUGAUCUCUUACAUAAACAUGUCUUCUCACCCAUUACAUAAACGAUCCUGUACUGAAAUGGAACAUUUGACAAAGCUGCGAUAAUCAGCUGUUGUGUCAUCUGGCAGGUUUGAGUGUUUGUUUAAAACGCAGCCUGUACUGAUGGAUGGAUUUCUCCUUAUGGAUCCGUAAAUAGCCGUAUGUAUGUUUCCUGUAAUAAGUCAUGAAGCCGCUGUGUCCAGCCAUGUAUGGUUUCUAUGAGUGGACUUUCACAAGUAAGACUUCCUAAUGUGCCUCAUAGCCUCUAAUGUGCACAUAGUUAGCAGGUGUGCAUGUCUGUGGUUUCUGAAACGCUUAGCAUAGGUAACUGGCAGGGCUCAAGCUGGAUCUCCAAAUAUUCCCAACUGAGAGAAAACGAGUCUCAGGCAGUGUCUCAAACCGCAUACUUCUGUCAGUACACUGCUAGUGUGCACUACUGUGCACUAGAGUGCUUACUUGCGUAGUGCACACUUUUCAAGUAUUAGUAUUGUCCCAAUAUCUGCACUACUUAAAGUAUUUGAAGUGUGCUAGAAGGUGGUGGUGGUGGGGCUGAGGUGGGUAUUUUUGCGUUGCACCUAAUGUUUGUGCAAAGCUACUCCUCCAUCUUAUCAAACAAAAGUUUUACUCAAAAUGAAGGAAAAGAGGAUAGCAACUACCAGUGUGUGUGUCUCUGUGUGUGCGUGUGUUUGUCACGGAGAUAGUGUGGCACCUGACAGAUCCCCAGAGAGAAUUGAGGUUUAUUUCUUUCCCGCCAAAUGAUGCCCAACUCCAGAGACGUUGCACUGAGAGCCCCUGUGGUUUUAUUCCUUUCAGUUUAGUUAAUUUAGUCUCUUUUUGAAAUAUUUGUAUUUAUUAAAUUCUGAAAGACUGUCUGAUGCUUCCUUCCCCAGAGUCCCUGUGGUCACUUCUCCUGGUGUGGUUACAGGUCACUAGCUGGCUCAGAACAGAGAAGAAAAACAAGAAAAAGCCUCUUAGGCAGAGAUCACAUUGAAUAUAACCAAGCAGCAGUGGUAAAGCGUAGCGCAACGCAACGCAGACCAUAACUAGAUGUAACGCAGAGCGAUAUACGCCGCCCAGUCCAGCACAUUUUUCCACCAAAAUAAAUUACGCUGAAAGGAUUCUAACUGUCUCACUAAAUUGCAUUAUCCACACUCAAUUCUCACUGGUAUCUGCUAGACAACAAGUACC